AGGAGGAGGGAGAGGAACAGAGCACUCCGCAAGCAUGCAGAUAGCCUUCAGCAGCUUCCUGCUCCCCCCGCCGUCGCCUCCGCUGCCCAGCCCCGCCGCGGCCGCCGCCUCCACCUCGUCGUCCUCGUACCUAGUGGCUGCGCACAGGGGCCGCCGCCGGCCGGAGCCUCGCUGCCGCUGCGGCCGCUCGCCGGAGAUACCCCCCGCCAACACCACCACCAGCGGUUCCGGCGACCGCCGCUCGUGCGGAGAGGAGGACGCCUCCGCCCCGCCUCUCCUCCCGGUAGAACUAGACGGCGCCGCCGCCUCCGCGGACAGCCAGACCGGAAGUGUGGUGCCAAGAUAUCAGGCAACUUCGACUAAAGGGGGCAUCAGGAAUGGAGAUUUUGAAAAAUGGGAAGACAAUAAACGUGGGACAGAUGGUUUAUCCAAUAACAAGUCCAGGUCAGGUUACUCCAAAGCAUUUGGGGUGGAUUUGUCCCCAGAUAAUGUGGCUGUUGCCACUGUUUAUUUUGUGCAAGGAGUUUUAGGUCUUUCCAGACUUGCUGUCAGCUUUUAUUUGAAAGAUGAUCUCCAGCUUGAUCCAGCAGAGACUGCAGUUAUAACUGGUUUCUCGGCGUUGCCGUGGUUGGUCAAGCCUCUUUAUGGUUUUAUCAGUGAUUCCGUCCCUCUCUUUGGAUAUCGAAGAAGGUCAUACCUAAUUCUAUCAGGACUCCUUGGAGCAAUUUCCUGGAGUUUGAUGGCAACAAUUGUGGAUGAUAAGUACAGUGCAGCGCUCUCUAUUAUUCUUGGAUCUCUUGCAGUUGCCUUCUCUGAUGUUGUGGUUGAUUCUAUGGUUGUUGAGAGAGCUCGAGGUGAGUCACAGAGUACAUCUGGAUCUCUCCAGUCACUAUGUUGGGGAUCCUCAGCCUUUGGGGCAAUUGUGAGCGCAUACUUCAGUGGUUCUCUAGUGGAUACUUAUGGUGUAAGAUUUGUCUUUGGUGUUACGGCAUUUUUACCUCUGAUGACAUCUGCUGUUGCUGUUCUUGUAAAUGAACAGCGCUUGCCUUCCGAAGAACGUUCCAUCUCACUCUCAAGUUCAGGGUUGAUUGAAAGCUCUAAGCAGCAGAUUAGGCAGAUUUGGACUGCUGUAAAACAACCGAACAUUUUCUUGCCUACUUUGUUCAUAUUCCUUUGGCAAGCAACACCACAGUCGGAUUCUGCCAUGUUUUACUUCGUCACAAAUAAGAUUGGAUUCACUCCAGAGUUUCUAGGGCGUGUCACACUCGUUACAUCUGUUGCAUCCUUACUGGGCGUUGGAAUAUAUAAUUCGUUCCUGAAGGCAGUUCCGCUGAGAAAAAUCUUUCUUGUGACAACAAUUUUAGGUUCUGCCCUUGGAAUGACACAGGUUCUUCUUGUCACUGGGCUCAACAGGAAGCUGGGGAUAAGUGAUGAAUGGUUCUCCAUUGGGGAUUCCUUGAUCCUCACAGUCCUUGGUCAGGCUUCGUUCAUGCCCGUGUUGGUGUUGGCCGCAAGAUUGUGUCCUCUGGGAGUGGAAGCGACGCUGUUCGCCACCCUGAUGUCCAUUUCAAAUGCGGGAAGUGUCGCAGGCGGUCUGGUGGGCGCGGGCCUAACUCAGUUUCUGGGUGUCACAAGGGACAACUUUGACAAUCUGGCUCUGCUGAUCGUGAUCUGCAACCUCAGCUCCCUGCUGCCUCUGCCUCUCCUGGGCCUCCUUCCAGAUGGAUCACCGGAUGCCGAUAAUGGGCAAACUACUAAAGUCGAUUGAAAUACUUGAGCUUCUCUUAGAGAUUAGACUCAGAGAUAGUCAGAUCCUGGCAUGAACUCGAUCACCUAGGGGGGGACAAGAUGGAAACUGCAGCCAACUUUGGGCAUUGGCUGGCGCAGUGUACGGUUGAGCGUUGAGAAGAGCACCCCCAGCAGAAGGUGAAGUUCCAGAUGACCGCACACCACGACGCACCAUGGCAGUCAAGAUUCAUGGUGGUAGUCUUCAUGCAUUUCAGACGAGGUUAGCUCGGCUGGGAAGCAGAUGGUGUUGCCUUGCCGUGCUGUUAGAUGCUCUGGUCUCUUUCUUAGGUAAACUAAACGGGGCAUAUGAACGAGAAGACUAGCUGCACCGUAUGACUCCAUGUAUAUACACACCGUCUCACUUUGCUAUGCAUGUAUAUACAGAUAUCCUUUCUUAAAGAAAGAAAACAAAUGUGGAA